UUCUUAAAAAUGCAUUUGCUUUCUGCACGAAAUUCUUAUCUUAAUGGGUUGUAUUUCUUUUCCCCUAUGAUCCAAACAAGGUUGGCGUUUCUCUGAGUCCGGAAAACAUUGACAGGCUUUCGUUCAUCCUCAUCACUCCCCUCUCUCUCUCUCUUCUCUCUUAUUUGGAUGCAUGAAAAUACCUCUCUCUUCACUAUUUCUAGCUGUACUUCCAAAUUUAGCAAAUUUCUCCACGGAGUCCCAAAAACCCACCAAAACCAAAACAAGAGAAGAGGGAAUGGAAAAUCCAUUUUGGUUUAUUUUGAUUUUGUAUGGUGGGUUCGUUUAUUGUGAGUUCUUUAUCCACAAUAUCUCCUCCAUCAACUCCUCCCCUGGUGAUUUUUCUGUAUUUUCUUCUGGGAGAGAGAAAAACCUAGCACCAUUGAUUAUUUCUUUUGUCUUUGAAAUCUGGGUUGUUUUGGUGUUGGAAGAUGUACCACAGUUUUUUGGGAUUCUUGGUUGUUUAUCUUGGGAUCAUAACCACCAAUGUCCAGUCUAAGACUGAUUCUACCGAUGUCUCUGCCCUUAAUGUGAUGUAUACGGGCUUAAAUUAUCCUUCAAAACUAGAUGGUUGGAAAUCAAGUGGUGGUGACCCUUGCGAUGACUCCUGGGAAGGAAUCACUUGCUCAGGGUCAGCUGUUAAAGAAAUAAGGUUGUCUGGCCUCGGACUCACUGGAUCAAUGGGCUACCAGCUAUCAAGCUUGACUUCUGUGACCUACUUUGAUUUGAGCCAGAAUAACCUGAAGAAUGAUAUACCAUAUCAGCUUCCUCCAAAUGCAGUUCACAUAGAUCUUUCUGGAAAUGGCUUCACGGGUAAUGUGCCUUAUUCAAUCUCCCAGAUGAUAGACCUUGAAUAUCUAGAUCUUGGUCAUAAUCAGCUCAAUGGACAGUUGAGUGAUAUGUUUGGAAAACUUCCAAAACUUCAAAUGCUGGAUCUAUCCUACAACUCAAUAACAGGCAAUCUGCCGCAGAGUUUUGCAUCACUUAAAAGUCUCUCCUCGCUGUAUUUGCAAAACAAUAAGUUCACUGGUCCAAUUAAUGCGCUUUCCAACCUGGACCUUAAGGAUUUGAACGUUGAAAACAACCAAUUCACUGGCUGGAUCCCUGAUGAACUGAAGGAAAUUGAUGAUCUAAAAACUGGUGGAAAUUCUUGGUCAAAAGGGCCAGCUCCUCCCCCUCCCCCUGGUGCACGUCCUGCUUCGAAAGAGAAAGAAUCUGAGAAUGGCAAGAAGUCUGGUGUGAAUGGUUUAGCCAUAGCUUUAUCAGUUGUGGGUUCCCUAGUGGUACUAGCACUUUUGAUUACUCUAUUCUCAAAGAGAAAAUCUACUGUAUCUUCACAUUUUCUUGAUGAAGAAAGGGCCAGCCACCGUAGAGCAUUUACUCCCCUCUCAUCUCAAGAAUUAUCUGUACCCAAAGAUUACCAAGAUUUUAAAUCGCUGGAUUCGUCUGCUUCAAUUGAUAUGAAGUCCUUGCAAAAGUCUCCUUCAGUCAAGACUCCGAUAAAUGAUAGGGUGCAAUCAUUUAGUGACAAUGAAUUUGCAAACCGUCUGAUGGCAAAACGAAGCACCUCUAUUCAUGCAACAGCUUAUUCUUUGGUAGACUUGCAGACUGCUACUGCUAACUUUGCAACAGGCCGUCUUCUGGGAGAAGGAACCAUUGGUCGUGUUUACAGGGCAAAAUAUGCUGAUGGGAAGGUUCUAGCUGUGAAAAAGAUUGAGUCUUCACUAUUUCAUGGUGGGAAGGGAGAAGAAUUUUCUGCAAUUGUUUCCAACAUCUCGAGAGUUCACCAUCCAAACAUUGCUGAACUUGUUGGUUAUUGUUCAGAGCAAGGACAUAACCUCUUAAUAUAUGAAUAUUUCAGAAAUGGUUCACUUCAUGAGUUCCUGCACUUGUCGGAUGACUUCAGCAAACCUCUUACUUGGAACACCAGAGUCAGGAUUGCUUUGGGCACUGCAAGAGCUGUUGAGUACCUCCAUGAAGUUUGUUCUCCCUCUGUAGUUCACAAGAAUAUCAAAUCAUCAAAUAUUUUGCUAGACUCCGAGCUCAAUCCUCGUCUCUCUGAUUAUGGCUUGGCAAACUUUCAUCAGCGCACAAGCCAAAACCUCGGUGUAGGAUACAAUGCUCCAGAAUGCACAAAGCCUUCAGCCUACACACUUAAGAGCGAUGUUUAUAGCUUUGGAGUGGUCAUGCUAGAAUUAUUGACUGGCCGCAUGCCUUAUGAUGGUAAAAAACCAAAAUCAGAACAAAGUCUAGUUCGAUGGGCCACCCCACAAUUGCAUGAUAUAGAUGCAUUGGCAAAAAUGGUCGACCCUGCUUUGCGAGGAUUGUACCCUCCUAAGUCACUCUCUCGAUUUGCUGAUGUCAUCGCCCUCUGCGUUCAGGUAGAGUCAGAAUUCCGGCCACCGAUGUCAGAAGUGGUGCAAGCAUUAGUUCGUCUAGUCCAACGCUCGAGUAUGAACAUGAGAGACGAUCUUGCAGCUUCUUGCCGGACAGAUGACUCUGACUACUAGAUUUUCUCUCUUUUUUUUCAUUAUUUAUUUGUUCUAAUUUCAGUAACUAAAAUUUGCAGGGGAACAAUAUUUUUUCUUUUAACUUUCCUAGAAUUUUUGUGACUUGAGAGCCUGUCUUUCUUCAGUUCUUGUGUGGCAAAAUUAGUGCACCAUGAGAUUGAAAUAUAUGAAUACUAAGGCAUAGUGAUCCUUCAUAAG